ACUUGCCCGAAAUUGCUUCUCCCCCAACCGUCGAGAUGCCCACAUCACUCUUUGCACAUCAACAACACCACGCUUUUCGCCAGGCACACGGCGAAGACGGCGACGUGCACUAUAUCCAUUCCUCCUACUCCAAGCAACUCUACAUAAUUUCGGAGCACGACUAUGUCCACUCGCUGAUCCACUCGGAGCGCGUCGCCAGCGCCAAACCUCCUCCUGCUUCACCGCAACAACUCCCGCCUUAUCAACACCACCAACUUAUCCGUCCCGUCCACCACCCCUCCCGCGACGCUCGAGCUGCUGCACCACUCCCGCCCAAGAGGCAGCCACGACCCCUCAUGACCACUUUUUCCUACUCGUCCGCCGCCAAUAUGGCCCUCGCUGCCGCGCCUCCCGGCAGUCCGCCAGACCUGACCAACUCCAAGUCGAGCAAGUCGUCGAGCCUUCACUCUUCCAACAUAUCAGAUGCCAUGGGCCCUGCCGAUCUCUCUCACUUCGAGGACAUCAACUUGGACGACAUCCAGGGUCCCGGUGCUUUUCCCAUUCCCAUCUCCCCUAGUCACCGCGUGCUCUUCGAAAGCUCGCGCCCGGCCCCCAUGAGCAGGAGCAGUGCUCCGCAGUCGGCACCUCACUCGUUCCGCGACCUCACCGGAGGCAAGAAGUCACGGCAUCUUGCUUUGGCUGCCUCGGUCAAGAACCCCGCCCGAUCUCAGGCCCAAUUAAAUGCUCCUGGCCAGUUGAGACGGGGAUUCUCCUCUCCCUCCGCCCCCAUGCUCUCCAACAUCACCAACCUGGCUGCACCCGGUCGACGUUCACGCUCGCCUUCUCCUGCCAACUCUCAGAGGUCAUUCACUUCUGCUCCGAGGUCCCUGUCCCGCAAGAGCUCUCGCGCCCAGGAAGUCUCGCCCUCCAGCACACCCAUGAAUCCCAGAAGGCAAUCAUGGCAGACGGCAGCCCGCAAGACCGCCAAAGAGCGCGAGGCCGAGUGCGAUGAUGAAGGAGAUGACGACCUCCCUGACGAUGCCAUCAUAUGGAAUGUUCCCAUCUCGCCCCGCCCUGUGCAGGAUCGCUCCCCUGCUGGCUCGUUCUGUGGAAGCCCGCCCGAUACCAGCCCUAGCCCUGCUGUGAGCCGUCCAAGUUCAUCGAGAGGCCCUACGCUUUCGGCAAAGACUUCGCCCGCUCCGUCUGAACGCCGUGCCUCUUCCCAACCGCCUCCGAUCCCUGAAGAUAAGGAGGAGUCGCCUGCACCGCAGCCGCUCAGUCGUCAACGAACACACACCUGGCAGACUACCUAUACAACGCUGGAUGCCGAUGCAAAAAAGCUCACCGAGGCUCUAGAGGAGUACCAGACCGAGAUCGAUCAGCAGGAGGAGGUCAAGCGACAGCAGACGGGUCUCUCACGCUCGUCCUCGGUCGACCACCCUGUUGAGUCAAAGCGAAAGGCCGUAUCGCUUCCGCCCAUCCGCAAGAGCGAUCCUUUGAUUGAUCCUUUCCAACCUUCAAUCGAGAAGACCAAGUACCUUUCGCGCACGAGGCCCUCCUGGCUGCCACCCAAGGAUCCCAAAGAGGAGAAGAAGCACCUCAAGGAAUAUCAGCGAAUGUUGGCUCGUAUCGCGGAAGCCGAACGCCUCGAGGCCGAGCGUCAGGCAAAAGAGGCCGAAUCUCGCGAGAAGGCCGAACGCAUCAAAGCUGAAUACUGGUCUACCCUGCUUCUUCCCAACUGGGAUACGGAGAUGGUCAACCCGGAGCUCAAAGGCUCGCACCGCAAGAUGUGGUGGAAUGGGGUUCCGCCCAAGCUGCGCGGUGUGGUCUGGAGCAGGGCUAUCGCUAAUGAGUUGGAAGUAACCGGGACUACCUUCAAUGUAGCAUUGAAGAAAGCCGAGAUGGAGAUUAGAAAUAAUGCUGAAGCGGCCCUCGGUGGUCGCUAUGCACAGAUCAUCGAGAACACAAAGUCGGUUUUCCCGGAGCUCAAGAUGUUUGCACCCAAGACGGAUGAGCUGCCGGAGCAGCCGCUUCAUCAGGAGCUAGUCAACAUCUGCAUCGCCUACAGUGUAUACCGCUCGGACGUUGACACGACCAAUGGAAUUCACCACAUCGCGGCUCUCUUCUUGCUCAACAUGAGCGCGGCUGAUUCCUUCAUUACCCUCUCGAACCUUCUUAACCGCCCGCUUCCGCUAUCGUUCCUCGUCCGCGAUCCUUCCGCAAUGACGGCGGCAUACGAUACCACUCUCCACGCUCUUUCCAAAAAGACGUCGUCGUUCGCCACUCGCCUCGCAGAACUCCGCGCGGAGCCUCACGCUUACCUUCUCGGAAUGUUCAGCUCGCUGUUCUGCGACCGCUUUUCUGUUGAACACACUGCAAGGCUGAUGGACGUAUACACGAUUGAAGGAGAUAAGAUCCCGCCUCGUGUUGCGGUGGCACUUCUGACCACCAUGGAGACCUCGUGCGUGGGCAGCGACGUAGACGAUGUGGUCAAGACACUGAAAGAAAAGGCAAUCCGCGAGACUCCUGAUGAGUUCAUGGGCAAGGUGUACGAAGCCGGAAAAAGCUCGUAA